AUGAAAGAGUUCUGGCGGAAGCUUGGUGUGAAUGAGAAGCUUGGUCCGAGCGUUGACGAACUCUUAGCAGCGUGCCAGUGGGCCGGAGAGUGGAGCAGAGAGGAUAGGCUGAGACUUGGUUUUUUGGCCGUAUACGCUGGCUUCAUUGAUGCUCGCAAAAGUUCCACUCAUACACGAGUAGCACUGGCUAGUCAAGUUAUGGACUUGGAGAAGUUUGAAAACUAUCCCUGGGGGCGAGUAGCUUUCAAGACCCUCAUCAAGUCCAUAAAGAAAGCAGACGUGUCCAAGCCAUUCAGCCUCGAAGGCUUUGCUGAAGUCGUGCAAGUGUGGGCGUACUAUGCUAUGCCGAGGUUCGGAGAAGAAAACGGUGAUCCGAGGCCAAAUAAUCCUGAGCCACCGCUGCUAGCAUUCAAUGGAAUCAGAGGGAAGAGAUAUGUUAUCGGAACCAUGAAGAAGCAGGUGCUUUUCAAUCACAUGGUAAUGGUGGACAAGGCAGACGUGUACCCACGUUGGGACAAGGAAAUAGAUGACGAGAAGGUGGACAACAUCAUCAAGGCCUUGCUUGGGGAAUUUGGUGGAGGAUGGGUGUGGAAACCAGCUGACUGGGUUAGAGAAGGGAUAUUGGCGGUUAAGAAGGCUGAUGAUGAUGAAGCGAUAAGUGUCAAAAGAGCUCGGACCUCAGAUGGUUCACCUGCGGAGGCCUCUGGUGCUGGCUGGAAAGGUCUUGAGGCGAAGAUUGAGGAGCUUUUUAAAGACUUCACCAAAAAACACUUCGAGGAGAUGAGUAAGACCCAGGAAAAGAUUCAGGUCCUCACCGCUCAAGUCGCUGUGGUAGGGAGGAUUGUCAAGAAGCUUUCGCAUCCUCAGGCUCAGGAUUCUGUGAAGUCCAGUGAGGAUACUGCGAAGUCCAAUGAGGAUUCUGCGAAGGCCAAUGAAGAGCUGGAGAAGAAGAAUGAGGAGCUGGAGAAGAAGAAUGAGGAGAAGUCCGAUGAGGAGCCGGAUAAGUCCGAUGCCGGUGAAGGGAAGACGGCUCCGCCUGGUGGAACGGUUAGUACCGUUCAUUCUCCACGUAGAUCUAAAAACUCUGAUAAAGUAGUUGAAAAGAGAUAUGUGCGUAGGAGUCAUAGGGUCGCUGUGAAAAAGAACAAGUGA